GGACCGAGUGGCAAACGCGAUAGUAGACAGUUGACUGCCCGAAGCACACGACGUGCAAGUAGUGCAAGAAUCCCAAAGCCCCAAAAUGAGUACAUUACGGCAAAAGAUUCGGAACGUUUUCUCCUGGCAGCACGACGAUUAUAGCUUUGAGCCCGUGACGGCAUCAGCACAGCCCAGCGAUCCACCGCUAGAACCACCCAAGGCAAUCAAAACGAGUCGGUUCUUGAAAGGAUCGUCCUCAAAACCUACGGGUACGCCUACGAAAGGUGUGGGCAAUCGAACGGCCAAAAUCAAUAAAAAGCGAUUGAACCAGAUAAAUAUUGCGCGAAACUCGUCGAUCACUUCCGCACAGCUGAAUGCCGCGGUGCCGUUGGUGAACAUACGGCGUGCUCCGUCGGAUAGAUCGGUACUAUCGGAAAUCGACCGACAGAUAGUGGUGCCCCGUCAGCCGCCGCCAGGUCCAGGCAAAUUAUUCACCCGGCCGAUAACAUUGCCCGGAACCGUGCUUUCCACCGUUUCGGACCGUUCCUUAACGUCGAAAGCAUCGUCUAGCCGCACAUCCUCCUCUGUUCCUUCCACAUUGACAAACGCGUCGCAGAAGGACAUCGUGGUGGUAAGAAAAGCUCCACCGGCUCCGGUGAUCGAUACCGGUAGAUUGUUUCAGCGUGCUACAAAGAAACCACAGCCACCCUCAACAUCGUCCGGAGCAGCGGCAGUUGUAGCACCUGCGGCAGACAGGUCAUCAAUUAAACGGAAACCGUUGCUGAGUGGAUUCGGUCGACAGAGAGGGCAAGGUCCAUCGGGACCGAAACAUCAGUCACAACAGCAGCCGGUAUCCUCCGUCAGUGUCGCGGCGGCCGGUUCUGGCCAUGCGGAAGGUAUCACCGGCACCGGCGGUUUGUCUGUAAACGGAGGUGGAGGUUUGCUGAAGAGUGCUGCUUCCGCCUCGAGCCUAGAAUAUCCGGUCGUUUCGAAGCCGGUGCAAUCCGCACGGGGCACCGGCCAGCAGCAGCGUUUCAACGGGUCGAAGGAAAAGCUGGACCACGCUCACCAUCACCACCUGCAGCAUCACGAUCAUCACCAGCCGCAGCUUCACACGCGGCAGCAGCAGCAGCAGCAGCACCACCACCAUCAUCAUCCCCAGACCAACACCACACAGCACAGUCGAACGGCAUCGGCCCAGAUGGCGCAAAUGGCGACCGUGUCGGCGAAUCACUUGAACAAAUUUCCGGCCUCGGUUAGCGACGAUGGGGUGUUGCUGAACGAGCGCGCCGUUGACGUCGUCGCGGGCAGCGGGCUGAGCGCGAGCAUGGAGCAGCUGACCGCUAUCAGUUUCGUGGGCCCGGAGAAGGCGAAACAGCCAUCGCCGAGCAAGAGUCGGAUGGCCGAGCUGCAGGUGCAUCUGGAGAAGCUGCGGUCCGAAAACCGGCAGCUAGAGCAGAAAGUGCACGAGAUGACGAGCUGCCAGGAGGAGCUGUUGCUGUUGCGUGACGAAAUCGUGAAGCUCAAGGCAUCGCACGAGCAGAGCAACGGCGAGCUGCACCGGCUGCUGAGCGAGAACGAAUCCCUCCGGGAUCGGUUGAAAACCGUCGUCCAGUCGCCGCUGUCCGAUUCGGAAAAGCAGCAGCUCAUACGCAACACGCAACGGUUGCACAGUUCCGCACCGGCAUCGAUCGCGCUUCCGAAUAACAUGGAUGCUGAAGGAACGCCUUGCGUUACGCCCGACUGGGACAAACAAUCAUCUAGCAGCGAAAUAGCGGUGGCCUGUUUGCAAGAUAAAAUUAUUCAGAUGGAGGAAACGCACUAUUCCACGAACGAGGAGCUACAGGCGACGCUGCAAGAACUAGCCGAUUUACAGUCGCAAAUCAUGGAACUACAGUCCGACAAUGAACGGCUCGUCGAGGAGAAGGACGUCAUCUUCCAAUCGCUCUGCCGCCAGACGGAAAAGCUAGAAGAUACUCGCACCCAGAUCGGUACGCUGCAGAAGCUGCUGUUGCGCGAGCCCAACCAGCAGGACGUUGCGCCGACGGAUCGUGAACAGAAGCUGGUCGAUCUGCUGAAGACGGCCCAGGACGAGCGGGAAUGUUUGAUGCUGAAGCAGGAAGAGCUAAACGGCGAGCUAAACGAGCUGAAAGGUAUUAUUGACGAGCGCAGCGGGGAAGUGUCGAGAGCCCGCGCCCGUAUCAGUAUGCUGGAAUCCUCGCUGGAUGCGGCAAAUGCGGAGAGGAAGGAUGCCAAUGCACAGCUGAUGGAAUCGAAGGAAGAUGCGUCGGUGAAGCUGAUCGAGAUUAGCCGAUUGACAACGCUGCUCGAGAAUGCGCGGGCCAAAAUUGAUGAGCUCGAGCAGGAUCGGGCGAUGGGCGACAAGACGGACCUGGAGGAGUUACUCGAUGUCGCGCGGAAGGAAAAGGAUCAGCUCGAAACGCAGAUUGCGUCGCAGCAGGAGCAGCUGUCCAUCGGCCAGUGCGAAAUUCAGAAGCUCAAAGAUCAGCUGGCACGCCUGAACGAGGAAUGCAAAGUCGUGCGCAAUAACGCCAAAUGUGUCAUCUCGGACUUGGAGUACAAGAAUGAAACCGUGACGCAGGAAAAGCAAAAGAUGGCAACCGAUUUCCAGCAGCUGCAGGAGUCGAUCAACGAACUACAGGUUCAAAACAAAUGCCUCCUGGAGGACAAAUCCCAGCUGGAAACGCUGCUGUCGGAGACGCAGAAGCAUCUCGGUGAAACCGAACGACAGCUGAUGGAAAAGACUGAGGAACUAAACCAAGAAACUAGGCUUAGGAAGCAGGAAGCGGACGAGUGGGAACAUUUCCAAUCGGACCUGCUGAUGACGGUCCGGGUGGCGAACGAUUUUAAGACUGAAGCACAAAACGCGCGCGAAAAGCUUGCCCUCGACAAUAAGGCACUGCGCGAGAAGGUGCGCGUGCUCGAGCAGCAGAUCGAACAGUUGAACAAACAAUCGCUAAAGGGUAUCGGCAAUGCAGACGAUGUUCAGUUGAGUUACGAGCGGUUGAACGUGCUUAAGCAGGAUCUGUGCGCUUCGGCCGAGAAUUUGAACACAUUCGAUCGGAAUGUGGACGAGUUUUCCCACCGUGUUCAGUUGCUCCGCAAACAAAUGUACAAUUUUUCGCUUGAUCGAAAACCAAUCAGCAGCAGCACCAGCAGCAACACCAUGCUCGGUACUGUUGGCCUUAAUGAUCGACCAAAGAAAAGCACGUCGGUGCUAUCACCUGCGGCACGAUCCGUGCAGGACUCCGAUUCCGAUGUGCCACCUCCGCUGCCAAAGACAAAACCCCCGAAACUAGUGGUGCGUUUCGCCGACGAUCGGUCGAGCGUUGAUACGUUGGACAGCGUAGGAUACGAGUAUAGCAGCAGCGAGACCGAUCAAGACGAUUCCGAAGUGAUUGGCACUACUAAGCGGAAAUUGACUCCGUUCGAGGAUAGCUACCGGAGUAAGACACCAUCCUCGGAGAGCAUAUCAGAAGGUAGCGUGACGGCCAGUGAGGACGAUCUUGCCGAAGAAGUGGGCGAAUAUCAAGCUAAUCCUCCCGCGUUCCGGCCGAUAGCCGCUUCACAGAGCACGGAAAAUCUGUUCCACAGUCCCUACGCCCUCUUCAAACCGAUUCCUCGGUUCGCCUCAAAGAGCACGCAGGAUUUGAGUUCCACCGGGCGUACGGAUGGGUUUUAUCCCCGGCAGCACAAGCAUCGGCACCGUGCGCUCAAUUACACAGACUUUGGUUCCGGGUUGUUCUACUCCAAAAGUAGCGACGAUCUUAUCCUGCCCGAUAUCGAUGGAUUGACGCAGAAACCCGCUACGAACUUGAGCAAAUUUCGUAAAUUUCGCUGUGAACGCUCGGUAAGUGGAUCGAGUUUGAACAGUUUGUUGAAGCUGGAACGCCAAGAGCAGCACCUGAACCAGCAACCGCAGCCGGAAACUGAUACUAUGGCUGUGAAUCAAGCUAAUACAGCAAGCCACGCUGUGUCAAGCGAAUCGAAAAGGCCGUCACCGUCACUGGCCACUUCACAAAAGGCAUCUGCUGUGCAGCAUCAAAACGCGGCAAGACUGUCGGAGCACAAGAGUAGACAAGAGAUUCGUAAACCACUACCGCUUCCACGAACGGACAGCGAACAGAACUUGGCGUCACAGAAGACGAUUGUGUACGUAAUCGACGAGCAAACGAACCAGUUCGUCCUGGAAGAAGAGCUACAGAAGCGCAAACAGGAACGCGUGAAGCGCGAAUCCGCAAGACCACAUGCUGCCUCUACUUCUACCGCUCCUCCACAGCUGCCCAUCAAAAGCAAUACCAAAUUUGUCGCAAACCGCAAGGUGGUCCCUCCGACUCCGGCAGCAUUAGCAGUAACGUCCGCCGUUGCGCCAUCCGAAUCAUUGUACGAAAACCUUCCUUACCGAAGAAGUAUUGUAUCAAAAAGUUAUUCCUUUGACCAUGAUCCUAUGUUAACAUCGAAAGAAACUCAAUCGCAGUCGCUGAUCACCACCGUGCAGCAGGAAAUGGCCGUACGGCGGCAGCAAAAGUCCGCCAUCCAGCGGCAAGAUUCGAGGCUGUCGGUAAAGAGUCUUAUUGAGAGUAUUGAAAAUUCAGCCAAACAGACCAAACUAAAUUCCGACUCACGAUGCAGUUCCAGUUCGAGCAUCAACAGCAUUCCAGCUGACGCCAAUCCGAACCUGUCCUCGAAACAUUCCUCUAUUAGCAGUACGACCAAUAGCAACACUUUUAAUAACAAUGAACACGACAGUAUCAGCAACAAUAUGAGUAAGGGCCAUGUAAAUGGCAACAACAACGACGAAAACAACGUAAUCCAAAUUCCUGUACAGCCCACGGCUGUUGUGCAAUCUGGUGCACUGCCAGCCAAAAGUCCGCUGAGAGAGCAGCAGCAACCAACUGUAGGGAGUAACGUGAACAGUAAUUCUAAGCCCAACGCUUCAGCAGACACAGUAAUGUUGAUGAAAAAAUCCAAUCUUAUCACCAGCAACAGUGGUUGCAAUACGACAUUAAACCCUGCAAUUAUUUCCCACAAAACGAUGGACUAUGUGCGUCGAAAUAGCUACAACGACAUAAGUGAACGAAAAGAUCCGUUGAAUGCGUUAGUAAAAAAUGGAGGCUCAAAGCGUAAUGCUCUGCUCAAGUGGUGCCAAAACAAAACGGUUGGAUAUCGGAAUAUUGACAUCACAAACUUUAGCUCCUCUUGGAACGACGGUCUGGCACUGUGCGCCAUCAUGCAUUCCUACCUGCCCGAUCGCAUUCCUUACGAUAAGCUCAACCAGAACGAUAAACGGCGCAACUUUAGUCUAGCGUUUACUGCGGCCGAGAGUGUCGGAAUUCAGACGUCUUUGAGCAUUGACGAGAUGUGCCUUCAGGAGCGACCGGACUGGCAGCAGGUGAUGGGCUACGUAACGGCCAUUUAUAAACAUUUUGAAACAUAAGACCACUCCACGGAAACGUGCAGCAUUCCAUUGCGUAUUUUUACCAAUUUUUCUUUCUACCGUAAAUGGCCAUGAACGCUGGCUUCGCGGGCGCAGCGGCGCCGUGUAUGUGCACUUGCUGCAGCUAUCGGGCAUCGUAUUCCACAAUGCUCAUACUUCUUGUUAUUUAUUUUAUUAGAUUACACCCCCGAAUUGCUUCGCUAUUUGAAACAAAAAGUACUAUGAAUGUUGUUGAAAUAUAUACAUAUGCAUAAAACUGUG